UCACAAUGAUGAGGCUUCCCAGUUGGUCAAAGGAAGACGUAACUGCCACAAAAAGUCAGCUUCAUACGUCUACGAGCCAAGCUGUCAUUGAUAGAGGCCACUCUGCUGAGGAUGUCCUGCACAUGCACACCUGGUCAAGGUCAUGUAGACAGCACCACUUCAACAACUAUCUUCCAUGAGUGUGUAUGUGUGUUAUCAUUAACAUGUGUGACGUGAUAUGAAGUAAUAUUUUUUACGUUUCAGCAGAAAAUGACGAAAUGUGAGUGAUGCAACAAAGGGGGUGUGUUAGUAGUCUUUUCAUCAUCCUUGCACACUGGAGGCCACACCCUCCUUAUCUCCCUCUGUGCGGCAACAGGAGAUCACGUGACUUUCUACCAAGCAUGUGGCUCCUCCUGGGAAUAAUGAUGAUGCUGAUGAGCGGCAGUCAGGAAGUUGUGGUCCAGAAUGAGGAGUUUCAGGACGUGUCUCCUGCCAGCUCUUGGUUGAUGUUCCUCAAGAACUCCAACAAUGAAGCUUCUAGUAGAACUUCAAAGGUCACAACCAGAAAACAUCAGGGACCUCCAGGCCCACAAGGACUCCUCCAACCUGGACAGCGUCAUCUCAAACUGGCAGAUGUGACAUCAAAGGCGUGCGUGCGGUGUGAAGGCCCUCCUCGAGUCUCCGCCUCCUUCCUGGGCCGCCUCCUGCAGGCCGUCAGUGUUCGUCGCCGCAGUCUGCUGGAGGUGCGCGGCUUCAGUCAGGCCAUCCGCUUCCAGAGAGGUCAAAGCUUCAAUGGCAGCGAUGGCCGCUUCGUGGCGCCGUUCGCCGCUUUCUACCAGCUGAGCGCCAACCUCCUGCUACAGUCAGGUGACCGUGUCCACAUGCGACCUCGAGACAGCGUGAGAGCUGCCAUCUGCCUCGACUCCCUCUGUCAGAGUAACUUGUCUAUAGAGUCUGUGAUGGGCAUGACCAGUGUGGGAGGAGCAUUCAGGAUCUUCCUCACGGGAACGUUCUUCUUACAGGCUGGCGAGUAUGCGUCCGUCUUUGUGGACAACGGCACCGGCUCGGCCAUCAGCAUCCUGACAGACUCUUUCUUCUCUGGAAUACUGCUGGGAGCUUGAUUUCCUGUUCUCACUUGGAAGAAUCUUUCCCACUCAAGUCUUCGCUUUCGUGUCAUGCUAACAUUAGCAACAUUCGAUUAGCUUAGCUUGUAUGUCCUCCCCAGGUUUUUAAGCAUGGUAGAUUAAGUUAUUUUAGCGUUGCAGCUCGUUUAAUUGUACUUUAAAGAGCUCAGAUUAUAUUUGUUAAUUCAAAACAUUUUACA